CCGGAGCCCGGGCCUUGGCUUUUCCUGCGUUGCUUCCACCGUACGCGUGGGCCAUUGAGGAAAGAGGAAACAAGCCGCUCUGGUUGUAGGGGAGUUUCCUGCAAGACAUUAUAAAGAGCUCCCCGCCCUGGGCUCUCCUUCAUAGUGCUGCUGGGAGGCAGUGGAAGCUGUGGGCGAGACCCUGCUCCACAUCCCUGACUGAAAACGGAGACUCGGGUUUGACCUCGGUGCAGUGCACGUUAGUUCUCGUCCCUGCUGGUCGGGGUACGAGUAGGGAGCUGGUCUCACCUAAUAAAUGUGUCUGGGACACUCCAGUAUAUUUAUUUCAUUCAGCUACAGACCCGGGCGAGCCCUGAUGGAGGCGCUGGCCGGACGCGGGGCGGACGGCGGGCAGGUGAUGCGGGCCGAGGGCUACGUGAAGGAGUUCACGCGCCACUCCGAGGACGUGCUGCUCAACCUGAACGAGCUCCGGCACAGAGGCAUCCUGACCGACACCGCCCUGGUGGUGGGCAGCGUGCACCUGCGGGCGCACUGCGCCGUCCUCGUGGCCUGCAGCGGGUUUUUCUACUCCCUGUACUCCCGCCGGGUGCUGCUUCAGGGGCGGGGGGGCGGCGGCGGCGAGCAGCUCAUGACCGUGUCUCUCCCCAACACCCUGGACCCGUCCUGUGUCUCCGUCCUGCUGGACUUCAUGUACACCUCCCGCCUGCCCCUGACCCAAAGCAUCGUGUCCGGCGUGCUGGCCGUCGCUGCCUACCUGCAGAUGGACCACGUGGCCGACACCUGCCGGGAUUUCAUGCACAUGCACUGCACAGAGAAUUUGAGCACCGGAUACCCCCAGUUGGAGCUGGACUCCAGGGUGUCUGUAGCCUCUGUAGCCCCCAAAGGAGGAAAACUGAACCAUGUGGAAUGUGAGCAAACACUCCCAACAGCAGGGGAAACAAGGUUGCCUGUUGUUUCAGAGGGCUCUCUCAAGCCAGGGGCUUUCCUGACCUGCCAGCCAAAGCCAAAUGAGCUCAAAGGGGACCCCAGGUCACCUCUCUCGGGCACCCCGACCUCAUCCCCAAACAGCCCCGCCCGCUCCAGCUGCCACCCAAACUCUCCGGCGGAGUCAAACACCUGCAGCAAAAACUUAGUGAGUGAUAACAAUGCUACACCAGACCCAAAGGCCUGCAACUGGAAAAAGUACAAGUACAUUGUGCUAAACCCUCUCUGUGCUGCUGCUACGGUGAAGGUAGAAGAGACAGAGGAGCUUCAAUGUCAAGUUCUAGCCACAGCUAACAGGAUGAACUCAACACCCAAACAGCCAGCAGAGGCGUGGUCUGGAGAAGUGCCUGGUCAGAUUGAUAGACAGGGGCAGGCCUCCUGCUACGAGGGUUCUGGCCGAGCCCCUCCCCUCGGGCCACCUCCCUCUGUGGAUCAUCCCACGGUUCCUGCCUCUUACAAAGAGGCUCCAGUUUCCCCCAGCAACAUUUUCCCAAAACUGCAUCCGUCUGAUCCUGAAGCUUCCCAUCUCAUCCCGCCUCAAAUCAAGCGCGAGAACCACUUUGUGCCCUAUUGUUAUUCUGGCGGUCUACAAGGAACCAAGUCCGUCUGCGCAGGAGACAAGCCGUACCGGUGCAACGUGUGUGGAGCUCAGUUCAACCGGCCGGCCAACCUGAAAACUCACUCCCGCAUUCACUCCGGAGAGAAGCCCUACCGCUGUGACACCUGCGGGGCCCGAUUUGUUCAGGUUGCCCAUCUCAGGGCCCACGUCUUGAUUCACACGGGGGAGAAGCCUUACCCCUGCCACACCUGCGGCACCCGCUUCCGCCACCUGCAGACGCUGAAGAGCCAUCUGCGCAUCCACACCGGAGAGAAACCCUACUCUUGUGAGAAGUGCGACCUUCACUUCCGCCACAAAAGCCAGCUGCGCCUGCACCUGCGGCAGAAACACGGGGCCAUCACCAACACCAAGAUCCGCUACAAGGUGCUGGCCGAGCCUUUCCAGCCCUUUCUGCAGGCCUGCUGA